UCACGUGGAGAGGCGGGGAGUCAGCGCUGCAGAGCCCAGGUGGCACCGUGCUGCUGGAUCUGGGAGCUCCUGCCCCAUGGCAUCCGUGACCCAGCAGCAGAUCCAGCAGUUCCACAAGGAUGGUUUCCUUGUCCUGGAGCAGUUUUUCAGCGCAGAGGAGUGUGACAGCAUGAGGAGGCAGAUCCAGGGAAUCGUGGAGGAGAUGGAGGUGCCCCCUCACUGCCGCACCGCCUUCUCCACCCGGGAGGAGGAGCAGCUCCAGGAGCAGGGCAGCUCGGAUUAUUUCCUAACCAGUGGAGACAAGAUUAGAUUCUUCUUUGAGAAAGGGGUUUUGGAUGAGAAAGGUAACUUUCUAAUUCCAAAGGAGAAGUCUGUCAGCAAGAUUGGCCAUGCUCUACAUGCUUAUGAUCCUGUCUUCAAGCAAAUCACCCACUCCCCCAAGGUGCAGGAACUGGGAAGAAAACUAGGCCUUGAGAGACCAGUAGUUGUGCAGAGCAUGUAUAUCUUCAAGCAACCUGGUAUUGGUGGUGAAGUGACACCACACCAGGAUGCCACCUUCCUGCACACUGAGCCCCUGGGCAGGAUCCUGGGGUUCUGGAUUGCCCUGGAAGAUGCCACACAGGAGAAUGGCUGCUUGUGGUUCAUCCCAGGCUCUCACACCAAUGGGAUUAGCAGGAGGAUGGUCCGUGCAGCUUCAGGUGCCUCAACGUGUGUGGAGUUUGUAGGCUCAGAGCCAGCCUAUGAUGACAAACAGUUCCUACCUCUGCCCAUAAGGAAAGGUGGGCUCAUCCUCAUCCAUGGGGAGGUUGUCCAUAAGAGUGAACUCAACAGCUCCGAGUCCUCUCGCCACGCGUUCACCUUCCACGUGAUGGAAGCCAAGGGCACCACCUGGAGCAAGGAGAACUGGCUCCAGCCAACUCCUGAACUGCCUUUUCCAUCUCUCUACACUUGAAGUUAGUGACUGGCUUGUGGAGUCAAUAGCUGAUCAACAUUCCUGAUUGUUCAUUCACGGUCUCUGUAAAAACAACCUUCACUAGAUCAGCUCUCAAUGUAAAUUUAUCCUCCUCCUCAAAACCAGGACCAUUAUCACAUCCCAAAACUGCACAGACAGAAGCUUCUACUGCAGCAGGAGCCCUGCCAGUGUGAGAGUGGUCACCCAGUUCUUUUGGUAAGGAAACACCUUCAGUCUUGAGAGCAAACCAGUUAAGACCAUUGCACCUUGACUGGGACCACUUACCAAGUAUUUCUCCUUGCAGAUACUCAGUGUUUUCUUGUGUUUAAGAGCUUAAGUGCAUUUCUUGGCUGGUUGACUCCAGCAAUGCAGGUGAACAUGUUGUGGGGAGAAGUUUGAUUUUCAGCCCUAGUUAUGUCUUAUUGUUGGAAUAGCAAUGAUUUAAAACAAUUUUGUUGUGGGUGAAAUGAAGCAAGAGGUCUGCUUGAGGCAGACAGUAUCUAAGUGUUUUAUCUCUGAGUGUGAUUCAAAAUACAACAAUUUUUAAAGAUUCAUGUUGAAAUGAUGGAAACAAAGAACCUCAAUCAAACUCUUUACCCUUAAAUAAAAAGAUAGAAAUU